AUGACAGACUCUCCCAAGAAGUCAUGGAUCCUCAAUGCUUUUGCCAUGUUCUCACCAGGCCAUUUGUCACCAGGCUUAUGGAAGCAUCCGCAAGACCGUGCUGGUGAUUUUACCGACCUGUCCUAUUGGAUCGAGCUGGCCAAAAUCUUGGAAAAGGGAAAAUUCCACGGCCUCUUCCUUGCUGACCACCUGGGCAUCUACGAUGUGUAUAAAGGCCCGGGAAACAAGGAUCCUGCCCUGCUGUCCGGCGCGCAAUUCCCAAUUGGCGAUCCCUUCCUCUUGAUCUCCGCCAUGGCGGCCGUAACCGAGUCGCUUUCCUUCGGCAUCACUGCCUCCACCACAUAUGAGACCUCCCCAUAUGCCCUAGCUAGGAAGUUUUCUACUCUCGACCAUCUUACCAAGGGCCGUGUCGGUUGGAACAUCGUAACCUCGUUUCUUGAUAGCGCGGCCCGCGCCUACGGGUUUGAGGAGCAGAUCCCGCACGAUGAGCGCUACGCAAGAGCCGACGAGUACUUGGACCUUGCAUACAAGAUUUGGGAGGGAACAUGGCAGGAUGGUGCCGUCGUCAAAGACCCUGUCUCGGCUGUCUACAGUGAUCCUAACCAAGUGCGCCGGGUCGAGCACAAGGGCGAAUAUUUCCAGAGCUCGGCGAUCAAUCAACUUCCGGCUUCGAAGCAACGGACUCCAUUGCUCUUUCAGGCUGGCGCUUCAUCUGCCGGGAAACGAUUCGCAGCAAAACAUUCCGAGGUCAUGUUUCUUCCGGGCUUAGAACCGGAAAAGACCAAGAUCGUUGUGGAUGAUAUGCGGAAACAACUACAGGAAGUUGGACGGGCGCCAGAUAGUAUCAAGUUCAUCGCUGGCAUCUUAGUGAUAGUCGACGAAACCGAUGAAAAGGCCCAGGCUAAAUAUGAAGAAUAUCUCGCUCAAGCCGACCUGGAAGGCGUUGCAACCCUGUUCGGAGGAUGGACCAACAAUGACUUGUCCAAAUUCGAAGAUGACCAAGACUUCGCCUUCACGGCCGUCGGCGGGAUCCAGUCCAUGAUCUCAAGUUGGUCCAAGACUGUGCCAAAUUCCAAUGGGCUCAAGUGGACAAAACGGCGUGUUCUCCAAGAACUAGCUCUAGGGGGAGCCCAUCCGCGUGCAAUUGGUUCUCCAACCACAGUGGCGGAUAUCUUACAGAGAUGGGUGGAUGUUGCGGGCGUGGAUGGAUUCAACUUUUCCUACACCAUUUCCCCAGGUACAUUUGAGGAUAUGAUCAAGUACCUGUUUCCCGAACUGCGCAGGAGAGGAGUCAUCUGGGAUGACUACAAAUUUAAGGGGGGCUCAGCAAGGGAGAACUAUUUCCAGGAUGGACUGGGGUCAAGACUCCGUGAAGGACAUCCAGGGACGCAGCAUAUUUGGCAUUAG